AUGGCGUCACGUAGGUCGAGGUCUCCAUCGACCCCUUCUGAGGGUGAGAUCAUCGAAUCAGGUUCAGAGACGAAGGCAACUACGUCGCAACUUCCUCUUAAUGGCACCAGCGUUGACCGUCAAACCAGAGUCAGUACAUCGUCCGCCCUCAGGUCUCCAGCAUCUGUAGGCAGAUCGCCACGCCAACGGAGGUCCAGGACGAGGACUUGGUCGCGUUCGCGAUCGCGAUCCCGCUCUCGCUCACCCUAUCGAGACUACCGAGGGCAGAAACGUCGGCGCGAGGAUGACUUUCACGAGAGGCGUUAUCGAAACGAACCAUCUCGACGCGGAGGUCCCAGGCAUAACGAUGACAGACAUUAUAAUCGAAACCCUACUUCCCAUGUACGCGCUAGACCUUAUCACGAUUAUGACCGAGACGAUUAUUACGGUGGUGGUCUCCGAUACACGGAUGACUAUGAUCGACGUGGGGAUAAGCCACCUCGGACACGAAGCCGAUCACCCUACCGGGAAAUACGAAAACCCAAACAGUACUCGGGCGACGAAUGGGAUUCUCAUAGAGAGGGCAGCGUGGCAUCCCGCGAUACUGAAAGACGAAGGUCAUCUACUGAACAGUUAGUGAGCGAGCGAGGGAACCCUCCGGUCGUCGCUCAAGAUUCUAGACAAGAUGCUGAAGUUCGAAAGAAUCAGGUGCUGCAGUUUCCUUCUCAUCCUUCCUCACGCGUUGAAGACAGUGCAACUGGGCCCUCAGUACAAGAAAGUCAAGACACUGCAGACGAACCUGCUGAAGCGCUCGAUGAGGCAGCUCGGUUAGAAGCUCGCCGCAAACGACGCGAAGCUAUCAAGGCAAAGUAUAGAGGUCAAGCAACGCCUCUGCGUCUGCAAGCUCAUAUUGGUGCUGAUACUGAUUCAUCUACGCCAACUCCGAGCUUGGAUGCGAUGCGAUCCAGUAAUGCUGCCUCAGUCUCUCCACAACGGUCGGCUUCCGAAGCACCCAACGAUAGCGCCGGUGAUUCUUUCCCAGAGUUUGGAAAUAAUGCUGAUAUAGCUAAUCACGAUGCACCUACGGACGGUGCAGAUAAAGAUGAGCCAUCUGCGGCGGAUUACGAUCCGACCAUUGACAUGAAAGCAGAAAGACAGAAGCAUGAUGCAGGAGACUCCAAUGGAGACAUGUCUUCGGCUCGCUACGACGAAACGCAGACCGCCAAGCAGGAUGUUCUGAUGCCAGAUGCCCCCCAAGCCCAGCAAUCCGAAGUCAAGGCGAAAGAUCCUUAUGAUAUGUUCGCAGAGGACGACGAUGACAUGUUCGCGGAAGAUAAGGAGGAAACUACGCAACCUACACAUGCCUCGGCCGUGCCGGUGCCUCAGCCGCAAGAGCUCGACAUCAGCAUGAUGGAUAACUGGGACGAUCCAGAAGGGUACUAUAAUGUCCGGCUGGGUGAGUUGAUCAAUGGACGAUAUCAUGUCCAGCAGAAUUUGGGCAAGGGAAUGUUUUCAUCCGUGGUUCGCGCAACAGACGCCAAAACCGGCGGUCUUGUAGCGAUCAAGAUCAUCCGACAGAACGACACCAUGAGGAAAGCAGGAUUGAAAGAAAUUGGCAUCUUAGAGCAACUUCGCGAGGCCGACCCGGAGGAUAAGAAGCACGUCAUCCGUUUUGAGCGACAUUUCGACCACAAGGGCCAUCUGUGCAUGGUCUUUGAGAAUCUGAGCAUGAACCUACGAGAGGUCUUGAAGAAAUUCGGACGGGAUGUGGGCUUGAACCUACGCGCCAUCCGAGCGUAUGCACAGCAGAUCUUCCUUGGACUCAGUCUGCUUCGAAAGUGCAAUAUCCUUCAUGCUGACUUGAAGCCCGACAACCUGCUCGUGAAUGAGCAGCGUAACGUGCUCAAGGUGUGUGACCUGGGAUCGGCUUCACCGGCCACGGAGAACGAGAUCACGCCGUAUCUGGUCAGUCGGUUCUAUCGUGCCCCAGAAAUCAUCCUUGGGAUCCCGUACGACCAUGCAAUUGAUGUUUGGUCGAUCGGGUGUACGCUCUUCGAACUGUACACAGGCAAGAUCUUGUUCACCGGGCGAAACAACAACCAGAUGUUACGCUCGAUCAUGGAAUGCCGUGGCAAAUACCCUCCCAAACUUCUCCGGAAAGGGACCUUGACCCACCAGCAUUUUGAUGAUAUGCUCAAUUUCCACAGCACGGAAGAGGAUAAGAUUACAGGACGUCUGGUUACGAAGGUCCUCGACUUCAAGAAACCCACGCGUGACCUUAGGACCAGGUUGAUGGGCAAAAACGCCAAAGGAAUGACGGAUGGUGAGGCAAAGGAACUGGCGUUGUUUGUGGAUCUGUUGGACCGCUGCCUGAGUCUCAACCCGGAGAAGCGGUGCACACCGGCUGAAGCGUUGAGGCAUCCGUUCAUUGCGCGGCCCAAGGCAUAG